GAGUUGUUUAAUUGCUGUGAAAGUUGAGCGAUUUGAGAGAGGUUUGCGGCCGUAUACCGAAGCAAGUUGAACGCGCUAGUUUCGUUAUUUUUUUCUGUGUGUAAUUUACAAGUGACUGAAUAUGCUAACACUUUUCGCAGGUUUGAAAGGUCUUCUAAAACAACGUACUGUUUGCACCGAUGGACCUAUAUUUCGACUUCAUUCACGCUGGACCGUGUUAAUUCUAUUGAGUGGUAGCCUGCUUUUGACAUGCCGCCAGUUGUUAGGUGAACCUAUUCAUUGUAUACAGCGAGAUGUAUCUCGAAUAAAAGCUGUAGAGAACUUCUGCUGGAUUCAUGCCACUUUUAUACUACCACAUGCGUGGAACUCAUCAGUUGGAAUUCAGGUACCUCAUCCAGGUAUUGAUACUUAUAAACCUGGGCAGAACAAAGUAUACCAUGGUUACUAUCAAUGGGUAGCUUUUGUGCUAUUGCUUCAAGGUAUAUUUUUUUAUUUGCCAAGGUAUUUAUGGAAGACAUGGGAAAAGGGUCUGAUGAAAGCUUUAUCUUUGAAUCUUCAUGAUCCUAUGCUUCCUAGUGCUGAAAAAGAGAAAAGUUACAAGCUGUUAGUACAGGCCUUACAUAGCCACUGGGGUCACUUUGAAGGCUAUUUAAAAAAGUAUAUUUUUUGUGAAUUACUUUCAUUUAUCAAUGUUAUUGGUCAGAUGUGGCUUUUGGACAUUUUCCUUGGUAAUAUCUUCACUACUUUUGGGAUUAAAGUUGUGCAGUGGACUGAAUGGGAUCAAGAAUAUCGAACGGAUCCUUUAGUAAAAGCUUUUCCUCGAAUGACGAAGUGCCAAUUCCAUGAUUUUGGAUCAUCAGGUGACAUUCAGCGUGUCGAUGCUCUUUGUUUACUGCCUCUGAAUAUACUUAAUGAAAAAAUUUUUGUUUUCUUAUGGUUCUGGAUGGUAUUUAUUUGCUGCCUUACACUUUUGGUUCUCGUAUAUCGUUUGAUGCUGUCUGCUAUGCCUAUGCUACGAUAUUCCAUUUUGGUGAUUAGAGCACCUCAGGCGAGUAAAGGUGCACUAGAUAGAUUGAUUGGGCCUUCAAAACUGAGUGACUGGUUUGUACUUUAUUUACUGUCUAAGAAUAUUGAAGCAUCUCAUUAUCGUACAGUUAUAGCAAAGUUAGCAGCCGCUCUGGAACAAAAUGGUUAUAUACCAAAGCCUUCUUCAUCCAGGAAUGAGAAUGUAACAUAUGUUUAAGUUUGGAGAAUGUCUGAAUGUUUUUUGUGCACUAUAUUUCAGCUGUGGUACAGUAGAAAACAAUUUUUUUUCUAUACAAAUUUGUGUAUUUAGCCAGAUGAUUGCUGGUAAAUAUUAAAUACUGAACAAUUAUGAAAAACACUGGAGUAAUUAAAUGUAGUUGUCAUAUUAUUGUUCCUAAAUUAUCAUUUUUUCUUUUUUUCAUAUGAGCUGAAUAUCUCGUACAGCCUCGUGAUCUCACUUCAUUUUAGAUGUAAUGUAUUGAUAAUAUUAGACAGUACUGCAUAAAAUGCCAAUUUUUCCAAAUAAAUCAUUUUUUACGUAAUGUCAUCAUAUGUCAUACAGUUGUAUGUCAGCUUAUCUGAAUGUUGUUAAGGGAUGUCAUUAAAAUAUUUUUUUACCCAAAACUGUGAUACUUCGUCAUGAAAGUAUGAUAUAUUUACUACACUUUUCUGUGUUGAGAUAUAUCAGUUGACUUUUGGUAAAUUUUAUUCACUACAUUAGUGUAUUUGCUGAAGUAGUUUGUUUAUGUUGUAAGGUAUUUUGCCAUGUUUAUUGACAAAAACUUAUUUUCUAAUUAGUGCUGUAUUAAACGUGUGCAAUACUUUAUAUUCUACGUAUUAAAUUAUUUAUCUUUGUUUUUGUAUUAUGUUUGCUUGUAAAAUAUACUAUUUUUUUACUUACAUUGUAUGUUUUCUAAGUAUUUUAUGUGUAUUUCCUAUGUGAAAAUCGUACAAGUAUUUAGACUUUGUUUAUAUAUAUGUUGCCAAGUUUUUUUUUUUUUAAACAGGUGUCAUUUGUAAUAAGUUUUUGUGCUGAUAAAUUGUGUUUUUCCAUGCUAAGUAAAGGUUAUUUGUAACUUUGACAAAUGCAUUUUUUGAAAAUGGUUAUUUAAAUUAAGACUGCCAAUCGGGGCUUUCUUAUAACAACUAUCUUUUUCCAUAAAGGGGCCACCAAUCCAUAGGAAAAAUGUAGUACUGGAAAUGUAAAGAUACUUCAUAAAUGAAUAAAAAAAAAGGAUAUGUUGUAAUAAAAAAAAUUGGCCAGCUUUAAUUAGAAUAAAUCUAUUCUUGAUUAUUAUCUAUCAGUAAUUUUGUUGUAAUGUAAUAGAGCUACAUUUCAAAUGUAUAUCUUUUACGAUUAAAUGAAGUGUUGUUUUCAUGCAUUAUCAUUUUAAUCUAUGCUUUAGUAUAGUUCAAGAUUAUAAUAAAGUUAUGUUUGUAGUCUUAUUCUGUUAUCACAGAGAUAUUUGUUUAAUAUUUAUGCAUAGUGAUAGUAUAAUAAGAUUAUUCAAAAUUAAUCAUUGUUGUGCAAUAUAUAUGUCAGAUAUUUCAACUUUUCAGUACAUAAUCAUAAUGAACAAAAAUGAAAACAUAAUAAAAUUUUUUAAACAAAUAGUUAAAUAAAUAAUUUAUUUGGUAAAUUGUCAGAUUUGCAAAAAUAUUAUGUGUGUGUAAUGCGUACCUGAUAACGAGUACUUAUCUGCUGUUUGUUAUCAGAAAUAUCAAUUUUCACCAUGGGAAUAUUGUGUUUAAUAGUUCAUUUGUAAUCAAUAAUAUUAAAUAUUUUACUUGCUGUUUUAAAUUUUUACCCAACUAGAAGUUACUAUAAAAUAUGGAAAGAUUAUAAAGUGAACUAAGUGCAAAUAUGAAGUUUUUUGAAAAUUUUGAUGUUGAUUCAUUUAUAUCAUAAAGGCUAAAAAUUUUUUAAUUAAUAAUAUUAAAUAUUUACCUUUACAUAAAAUAAGCUUGGUAGCUGUUAAUUUAAUUUUAGUAAUAAUAAUGCAUAAAUUUAUUUCUAAUUAUCAGUUAUUCAGUUGUAGUUCUUUAUUAUGUGUUAAUAUUGUGUUCUGCAUGUCUCUUUACAUACUGAGUGCCAUCCAUAAAUCAAGUAUAAUUUUUACCGAAAGUUAAAUUUUUAUCUCGAGUGUUGCUGAGAUAACCUCAAGAUGUGACUGGGUUGGAAAAAAUUCCAACUUUUACAUAUCAUUUAUUUAUUUUUUUAAAUGUAUGAAAUUGAUUUCUUUCUAUCUGAUAAGGAAUCAAAAUGCACUGGUGUCCAUAUUAUUGAAAUGAUACAGUUCUGUUGAAAUAUUCUUAUGUUCACUUGAUGAAGUAAAACAAUAUAAGACAUUUUUAUCAUAAUGUAGUUAUUGGUAAUUUUGUUUUAAAUAUAUGCUCAGUGAACUUAAAAAAUGAGGUUUUAUUAUUUUUAAUAUAAUUGUAAAUACAUAAGAAAAUUAUUUAUUCUUGAUGAAUAAACUGCCACCUCUAUACUGGACAAAAACUGACACACUAUUCACAUAUGAUUUGAUACAGCUCUCAAACUGUGAAAUGCACCUAACUAUAUGAUUCCAUGGGCACUGUAAAUUUCAUUAAUGAAUUACCUGGAUUUUCCUUCGUCAAAAUAUCUUGCAUCGCACUGUGCUUGAAAAUAUACCUUUUGUAUUUCUAUGCUGAGUAUUAUAUUGAUAUAUGUAGAAUAGAAGGUAGUUAAAGCAGUCCCAUUCCUCGCAAGUAUGCAGCAACUGCCCUCGCAAGUAUGUAAGUGGCAAAAUUUUGGGAUGCCAUAUUGGGUCAGCAUCCUGUAUCAAUUUUUGUCCAAAGUCCAAAAUAAAUUAUUGAAUUAUAUAGGAGUUCACAAAAAUUGUGUGUGCAGGCACAUGCCCCCUCCCUCUAGGAACAUGCCUGCUUUAAGGCAAUAAUAUGUCUCAAAUCCCAUUAGUUCAAAAUCUAUGGAAAUAAGAUGUAUAACGUUUUCAGUAUCCUUAAUUUAUCUGUACAUAUUUUAGUAAGAUUAGUCAUGUAAAAGUUCUGUAAUACUUAUUUUAAAAUGCAAAACGGAAAUGUAUUGUAAAAAUUUAUAUCUGGCAUGGGGUACUGAAUUUCCAGUGCUGUAUUAUGGAUUUCAGUCUCAUUUUUGUUUGAUGCUACACUUCCUAAACGUGAAGUGUAAGAUUUCUAGUUCUUUAUGGUAUAAUAUAAUUGGAAACUAUUUUGUUGUAAAGCAGAUAAAUCUGAAUUUCUUUGAAAAUGAAUAAUGUAAUUAUAAACUGAGUAAGUGUAACUUUUAUUAUUGCACUUAAUAGUUAUUCAUUAUCCUUUGUUUAAUUUCAAAGUAGACAGUGACAGAGGCGUGGCUAGAGUUUUCAGCACCCGGAGACAACUGAAGAUUUUGCUCUCCUUUCUGUGUGUCAAGAAUGGAAAACACUUCUUUCUAAAAUUUCGUACCAUCAAUUUGGUGUCCCACCUUGCCCCACCCUAGCUACGCCACUAGGCAGUGGUAAAAUUCUUUAGUUUUCUGAGCAAUGUUCAGUGCUGUAGAGAGAAUCUCUGGGUCCUAGUAAUGAUUGUGAUGUGAACUCUGAUAGUGAUUGUGAGACAGGUUCUUAAGUAUGAUAGAAGAAAAUUUUUUUAAAACUUUUAAUUUAAUUAAUAUGUACUUUAUUAGAAAUUAAUGCACAUCUGCUUAAAAUUUUUUAAAAUGCUGUAUCAACAAACAAAAAAUAUAUAAAGUUUUAUGGCAUAGGUCCUCCUAACUGGGUACAUUUCACUAUAAAAUGCAACUUCUAUAAUGCACAAAAUUAAUACAUAAUUAAAUGGUGCACUGUAAAUUUCUUAUUAGCUCAGUUUUGAGUACUUUAAUCUGCAAAAGCAAUACAUACACACAUAUAUACAAAUGCGUUUUUUAAUGUAGCUAUAUUUUUUCUAAAAGGAAGUGAAACUUUGUUAAGAAAAUUAAAAAUGGUAUAAAAAGUAUUCUUUCAUUCCCCCUUUCAUAAUGAAUUUGGUCUAAAUUAUUAUAUAAUAAAAAUUACGAAUAUUUUAUGGCUGCAUACUGUAUAAAAUUUAGUUAUAUUUACUUUGCAGUGCUAAUUCUUUUUUUAAUAAACGAAUUUGCAGAAAAAUUUGUAUUCAAGUUAUCAAAUUCUGUAAGUGAUAAAAUAACUAGAAGGGAGAGAAAAAGAAUUCUGUUUGUAAUAAAGUUUUUAGUAAUUUAUUCCAUACCUGAACGAACAUGCGAUGAAACAACAUUUUUCGGUUACCACCUGCCUCUUUUAUGGAUGAUUGGUGUUUAUUCAGUGCCCGCUACUACUUUUGUGUUCGAAUGACGCAAUCAGAUCAACGCUUUACGUCACGUAGGAUCUGCUUGUCUUUGAAGUUUGGGGCAAUAUUUGUGUAAUUUGCAGGAUAUGUUAUAAACCAAAAUGCUUUUCUCUAGCAUUGAAAAAAAGAAGAAAAAGAAAUAUUUACUGUGAUUCAACUAAUUUUUUAACACUUUCCUUUUUUUUUUUUUUUGUUUAAAAAGUGUAUUUAUAUAGAGCACAAAAAGCUUCCUUUCCUUCUAUAUUACAGGUUUGUGUAAUGAGCGUUAAUAUUUAAAUAUUUUAGAACAUAUUUCAUUUUUCAAGUGGAAGAGGUUAGAGAUUUGAGUUGCACAUUACCAGUUUUCGGGCGAAAUGUAUGCAAAUUAGAAAUUUAGAUUUAUACCAAAAAGAAUGUGUUGAGAACAAAAUAUUAAAUAACCAUUAAUAGAAAUAUUUAAGAUGCUUUUGAGAAAGAAAUUAUGCGGAAAAAAUGGCGCCAAUACUUUUAGUUUAAAUCUCCAAAUUGUACAUGUGGUUUUAAUCGCUGUGAAUUAAACUACUUAUUUAUCUAAUUCUGGCUUUAUUUUAUUACAAGAAUGAGUACUAGUCUCACUGUGUUAGCAAACGAUUGCAAUAUUUAAAAUCAAAUUAUUAGAAUGUUUCCAGGAGUGCUACUGCCUCAUUUACAUUUAUCUACGAUGUUGUAUUGUGUAACUGUUUUAUUUUGUAUGUAUGUUAUUUAAUAUGUUGUGUGUUUUGUUUUAUUUAUGAUUAGUAUUUCAAAUGUUGCCUAUUUCGAAAUGUGUAUCAAGUAGAAUUAAUCAAAUUAUACCGCUAUGUUAUUCAUGAUUAGAAUUACUAAUACUGCAAAUUUUCGAAAUAUAGUUGAAUAGUUUGUGCGUUUUGCUUUUAAAACUCUUCAUAAAAAGUGCCAUCGUUAAAUAAUAUUACUCAAAAUAGGGUUUUCAUAGUCAUUCAUAGCUUGGAUCAGUAUAAAUGCGUUUAUUUAUUUAAAUUAUUUGUGAUACUCGUAUGCAGUUUUGCCAGGGUUGACUGCUUAUGUUCACAGAAAUUUUAUUGACUAGGUAAUAGACCCGAAUUUAUUUUGUCAGUUUUUUUUUUUUUUUUUUUUUUUUUAAAUUAUCAUAUGCAAUACCCGCAUCUCCAAUGAACUUUUCAACGUCGUCAAUUGUAUCAUCUGAAUCGUGGAACUACGUCAUUCCCAGUUCCCAUGCGGAAAUAUUAUUUCCGGUAAAGAAAGGCCUUGGUUGUCCGUGUUCUUCGAAAUGGCGCUGUAAAUAAUUUGCCAGCAUCAGUCUCGACGUUUAUUUUCCAUCAAGCUUUUUAUUAAGCCAUUUUAAUAAGUCUUUUAUUGCUUGUUUGUGUUUUUAUAACGCUGCCUCUGUUCUCAAUAAAAACAAGCACCUUAUUGUCACUCGUAAUUUUCUUGAGCAUCUGGUUUGUUUCUAAUCGAAAAACAUGCUAUGUCAUGGUUUUAAAAAUGGUGUGAUUGAUGAAAUAAGUCUCCUGGCGGCAAUCCUUUUGCUGUAGUGCAAUAUUUAUUUAUUACUUUGCGUUUAUUGAUGGUUCUGCAGAAAGAAAUUUUAAAAAAUUAAAAGUCUGUCUCCAAAAAUGCUUCGAUAUAGCAGCAUACAUUCUAUGGAAGUGUCAUUUUCAUUUAGUAAUUUUGGGUGAUACAAAAUUAAAGUGAUUAAAAAGUUUUGAAUUUAGACUAAAGUGCAGAAUCGCCACUUAUUUGAUUGGCGUUUGUUUGGCGCUCUUUACAAGAGUAGGUACAAUUGGAUUUUUGUCAAUUUUCUUUGACUUUUUAAAUGAAAAUAGGUCAAUGGUACAUGGAUAAAGUCAAGGGAGUGUGCAAUGCCAUUUUUGUGCAAUUCUGAGAUGUUUUUUUUAAGUGAAAAUAGGUCGAUGUGCACAUGGAUACCGAGUAUGUGCAAUUCUUAAAAACGCGCCAAGCAGUGGGCGAUUCUGCACUUUACCCUGAAUUUUAAAGCAUAGAAAUUUUUCCUUCCUAAUUCAACUGAUGGCAUUUAUUUGCGUGAUAUUUGUGAAUAAUAAGUUUCGGCUUUUGAAAAAUCAUCUUAUAAUUAUUUUAGUGCGUUUGUGUAAUAAUGUAAUUAAAGUUUUAAUCAUAUAAGGUUACAUUUCAUAUAUUACUUAUGAGACAGAAAGCUAGCUAACAGAAGUUGUUAGUGUGCGAUUAAAAUUUUUAAUAUCUGCUGAAAUGUAGAUUAUAAUGCUUUUUUAAUGGCUGACAAAAUAUUCAAUUUUAGGUUUAAUUUAAUUAUUUUUAUGAAAAGUUAAUUUGAAUGCACUAAGUGUUAUGAUAUGAAACAAAUCCUCCAUAUCCGAUACUGAAUUAGUACCACCCUACAAGAUAAAGGGCUAACAUUAGAUAUGAAAGCUGUAAAUGAGAAAAAGAACUUUUUUUUGCCAAGAAACAGUGUUAUUAUACGGUUUUUUAGACUAUUGUUUUGAAUGUGUAAAUCUAAACCAAAAUUCUGAAAAUAAUUUGUGUACUGUGCGUGACUUCAGCUUUCACAUGGGAAUCAGAGUAAAAAAACAACUGAUCUUUAAAAAAUAAAUGAAUUUUUAUUCUAAAAUUUUUUACACAGUAUUGACUUCUGGUAUAAAUACGCCUUUCUUAUGUCUGUGCUAUUUCAAAAUAUUCAUUUAUUUUAGUUUACUCUCAGAGUAUAUUUAUUGAAAUUAUAUUGUAUACAUUCUGAUUUUGUGAUAGACAUUGACAAUGAUUUUUAUCCUUACAUAUCCUGUGUUAUAUUUAUUUGUUGAGAAAUUUUGAUUUAGGCAAAUUGUUAAACAUUCUCAACUUACUUUAUUCCUAUAUAAUGUAUGCACUGUUAAAAUUGUUCUUACUAUUACCAUUCAUGUUCUUUAUAAUAUCUCAUAAUAUGAUCUGUAAAAUCUUACCAAAAUUUUUUUCAAUACUUGCAAAACAAAGACUUUUCUAAAUUUUUAUAGCAUAGUAUACAUUUCUAGUUUUCUAAUCAUAAAUAUUAUAUGCAAGUAAAAACAGACCUAUUUGAAGAUCAUUUGUCAUACUCUUUGAUGUUUCUCAAAAAUGCAAUUCUGUAAUAAUUAGUUUUGAUUUAUUGUCAACUGGUGUUAUUAGUAACAUCUGUUUCAUCCCAUUUUCAUAUUCCAGUUAUUGGCAACAUUGUUCAUAACACACUGUAUUUCUUUACUAAGUAAGGCUAAGUAGAGUUUACAAAAGCUCAGUCUUGCUGUGAUAUGAAUGUUGCCUUAUUUUUGUAUUAAGGACAUUUCUUAUAAAAAAGAAAUGCUCUCUUUUGUUUUUCAGUGGGGAACAAUUUUUAUAAAAUUUGUAUUUUGAACUGUGUAUUAUUUUUGUCAUUGUUGUAACUGAAUAAGUGAAUAAAGCGAAUUUUAUAUGUAA